AUGGCGAUAAUCGGCGACGCACUUCUUCAGGCAUUCAUGCCGAAGCGCGAGUACGAGAGCCUCCGAGAGGAAGACAGGGCGUGGGAGAAGCUCCAGAGACCGCUGUUAAUGGCGUUUGUGGCUUUGGUCUGCCUCGUCAUUGUUGUGUGCACGGUUAUCAGCUUGAAUAUUGUGUUUUCGGCCAACUCGGCUAAGCGACCGUUCUGCGGCGACCGGAGGCUUAAUUCGUUGAUGAAUGUGAGAGGUGGGGAUUCUAAUCCAUUUCUCGGAGCUUUUUAUCUUACGGAUCAGGAGAUUGCCGAGUACUAUUGGAUGGUUGUGUUCAUUCCCUUGAUCAUUUUCUUGGCUACUUUCGUUUUCAGUCUGGUUGCAGGAAUCAUUGUUGCUUAUUCUGCUCCUACACGACAUGGAUGCUUAAAGGUUGUUGAAAAUAACUAUUGUGCUUCAAAAAGAGGUGGGGUUCGAUGUCUAUCAAUUCUGAAUGCCGUCUUUGCUGUCAUAUUUGGUCUACUUGCAUUGUUUCUUGGUUCAAGCCUCCUCACACAAGGAAGCUUCUGCUUUGUGCCCCUUUUCUGGUGCUAUAAGGUUGGUUCUUGGAAAAUGGUUAUUUUAUAUGGAGGAACCGCUUUCUUUCUAAGAAGGAGAGCAACGUCAAUCCCUGAUGAGGGAGACUUUAGUGGUCGAAACCUAGGGCUAGAAAUGUUGGAGAAUCCCAUAGAAGUUUCACCAGAGGUGGAAAGGCGAGUUAACGAAGGGUUUAAAGCAUGGAUGGGGUCAUCACUCCUAUCGUCUGAUGAAGAAGAUGAACUUGGCAGUGAUUAAGAACUUUCUUACAUACCUCCGUCAACUCUAACAUGCAUAUAGUGUGGUAAUUACGUGAAGCCCUUCAGAACUAAACAGCUUCCGGCGGAUUUUUUGACAAAUUCAGGAGAGGAUAGAGUAGUUUGAAAUUCAACCUUGGCUUGUUGAAGAUGCCAGCCUUGAAACGAUUCUAGUGAUGAUGUAACACAAAGUGAAAGCUAAUAUUCGAACUUAGGAUCAUGUUGAUUUUGUAACCUUUGUUGCACAUUCCCUCUUUGGUAGCCUAUGAAUAUCUAACCAAA